AUGAUUGACAAGAACGACGAGACCGGAUCACGUGGAUCCCAGCAUGACUCGUGCUUUCUACACAAUCUUAGCACUAACUUGAAAUCGACUGGAACAACGCUUUCCGUCUCUGAAUACCAAGAUUGCCAAAGAAACCAAUCGCCAAUUCAAGACUUGGAAACUGCUUGGUCUAUCCUCCUUUCCAAGUAUGUCAACACCUCUAGGGUACUAUUCGGAGCAAUCUCGGAUAGCGGCACCUUGGAGGAUUGGAGGGCAUCGGUAAACGAAGAGGCGCAUAUUCCGCAGGCUAUCUCCUUAUAUAAAGUACGUGAUCGGGAGAAUAUAGAGCUGUGCUCUGAAUGUUGCUCCAACACGUUCCUCCUUGAGAGUAUUGAACUCAAGACCGUCGAAAGAUUGGCUCAAGUAAAGAAACAUGUCGAUCUUACUAUCGGGAUAGACUUUUCAAAGUCCCGCUUCCGAAUAUGCAUAUACAGGUAAGAAUCGUUUCUGGAUCAAGAUCACGCAGAACUGUUGAACUCAGCUUUGAUUCACACGUUGAAAAGCCUGCAGUCUACACUUCAGCUAAAGUCCAUAGACCUGAUCAGUGACUUGCAGCGACGCCAGCUCAAUAGAUGGAACAGAGCGGCGCCGACAGAACCACUAGGUGACACGAUUCAUAAUUGUAUUGGGCGACAGUGUCUCAGGCGGCCCGAAGCUGAAGCCGUUUGUGCCUGGGAUGGGUCAUUCCCCUACGGGGAAUUGGAUAUAUUAUCGUCGGAGGUUCGUGAUGUUUUAUAUGCCAGAAAUGUGCUGC